AUGGCUUCCUUUGGCGACAGUACAGCUCGCCAUCAGGCGCGUGUACACAAUGGAAACGUCUACAACCUGCAGACGUACAACUACACGGUCAAGCGGCAGUCGGAGGAUGCAGUACUGCAGCAGGCGCAGACCAAUGGAGCACUCUUGAGCGCAGCUGCAGAUGGCGAAACAAGCCGAGUGGCAUAUCUCAUCACGGAACGACUUGCAGACCGGGAUCAUUGUGACUCGGAUGGUCUCACCGCGCUUCAUCAUGCCUGCCUUUCGGGAUUCGAGGACACCGUAAAGUUGCUUCUGGACUUCAAGCUCCAUGCUAAUGCCCUGAGUCCUCGAUACGGUAGCCCAUUGUGUCUGGCCGUGAUCAAGUCGCGGCGGAAUGUCAUCGACAUCUUGCUUGCACAUGGUGCUCGAGCGGACCGAUCAGGUGGCUACAUUGGCUCCCCCGUACAUGCUGCCUGCCAUCAAGACGAUGUAGAGAUUCUUGCAGAGCUCCUCAAGCAUGGCGCACCGCCCGAUCAAUUCGCCAUCGUCCAAGCAGACCUUUGCAACCGCCUCCACUAUCAAGGGAUUCUUCGACAGCCAGGCAAGCCAAGAUAUUUCGAGACGCAGCCUUUGGCAACAGCCGCUCGACAUGGUCGGAUCGAGAUGGUGAAGCUCCUCGUCACUCAUGGAGCUCUGACUACCACUACCUACAGAGGUUGGAUGGACGAUGACAGGAUCGGUUCCACAUACGAUACAGCGCCUCCAGAUUCGCGCAGGUGGUUUGACUUUACAUCCCUCUCCGGCGCAGCUUUGAGUGGCAACGUGGACCUUGUCAAGUUUUUGUUGAGCGAGGCUACAAAGCCUCAGUGUGCAAUUACUUCAGAGCAGAAAGGUGCUGCGUCUUGGUCAGGCUGCGGUGCAUGGGUCAAGACGUUUACCCGCGCCCAGAGAUUCCUCAAUGCGCAGGACUCGCGUGGAUGGACUGCCCUCAUGGCCGCUACCAUUGAAUCUAAUCUUGGAGCUUUGCAGGUGCUCAUGGAUGCUGGCGCCAAAAUAGAAGCAAAGGAUAAAGACGGACGUACUGCUGUUCAUCUUGCCGCUCAGCAUGGGAAACCCACAAGCAUCUACAAGCUACUGCAGAGCGGAGCCAGUCUAGAAGCAACAGACUUCGAGGGCAGAACACCGAUCUGUAUCGCUGCUGGAGCGGGUCGGAACGAAUGCGUGCAAGUCCUCCUCGAGCAAGGCGUUUCGCUGACUACAACCAACAAAGCUGGACGUGGCGUUUUGUUCGAAGCCGUGAAAGCACGGGAUGGGUGUGAGAAUGUCAUUGAAUCGUUGAUCAAAGCCGGAUGCGAUGUCAACAAGCCCGCGGUAGACGAUAACAUGUCAACACUUUUGGGUCACGCGGCCGAAUUUGGAAACAUGAAAGCCGUUCGCACAUUACUUGCGUUAGGUGCAGAUCCAGCGAUCACAGACGGCAGAGGCCUGCUGCCUCAUGAAGUGGCCAACCGGCCCGGCCGCAAGCGCAAAAGGGAGAUUCUCUUACGGGCCUUCAACGAGAAAUCACGAAGCGACGAGGCUAGCAAACAGAUUGACCCGGCCAGUGAGGCACCACAAGCUAUGAAAAGUGAAAUGUAUCCAAUCAAACUUAACGCAGGAGCGCUACCUGUUCGACACAGAAGUCCUGCCGGUGAGGAUCACAGUUCUGGAGGCCCUGGUCGAGCAGCUAAGCCUUCGUCGAAGAGCUUGGAGACUAGACGGAAGGUAGAGGCGGGCAAGGCGAGCUCGGCCUUGACGAGCUGGUUUGCUGAGGGACCAAAGUCGAAGAGCUUGGAGACUGGACGAAAGUCAGAGGCAGGCAAGGGAAAUCUUCCGGCAUUAGCAAACUGGUUUGCUGGAGGAGCGCAUUCUGGAGGCCCUAGUCGAGCAGCUAAGCCUUCGUCGAAAAGCUUAGAGACUGUACGGCAGUCAGAGGCAGGCAAGGGGAACAAGUCGCCAUCUAUUGACUUCCUUUCCGGAUACAGUGACUCUGGAGAGCAAUCUUGA